AUGAGUAAGGUGCUUCUGGCCUAUGUGGUCGCCGAUGGCCUUUUCCUUUUGAUGGGCAUCUUCAUGAUCGCCUUCUCCGUCAUUGUUCAGAACAUCCAGUUUGAGGUCCCUACAGAAGGACAUCAAGCAGCAAGGAAUCUUUUGUACCAGAGGUUCCCUCUCACAGCUGGUAUUGUGAAUGCCGUCUUCAUCUUCGUCACUUUCCUCUUCACUAUCCCCGGUGUCAUCACCCCCGCGCGAGGAUGGCUCAAGAUGGGCGGCUGGAUGACCACCGUCUGCGGCAUCUUCAGUCUCAUCAUCGGUCUCUACCUCUGGAUCUUGACCCUCAAGACUAAGGAGGACUUUGCGCCUCUGUACUUCCGCCAGAGUUCCGAGAUCCAGCAGCUCAUGCAGUCAGCCUUCCAAUGCUGUGGCUACUUCAACAGCACCUCACCCGCCUUCAUCACCGACGACAUCUGCUCCAGCCCAGCUGCCGCCGCCCUCAUGCGCCCCUGUGCGACCCCCAUCACCUCCUUCGCCAACGUCCUGGUCGACAACAUCUUCACCGCCGUCUUCGGCAUGGUCGGUAUCGACGCCGUGCUCAUCAUGGCCACCGCUUGUCUGCUGAAGGAGCGCAAGGAGAGGGAGCGCUUCCGCCAUAUCGACGAGAAGAGUGGCAUGGUUGGGUUCUGA